AUGGCAUCUGAAGCCGAUAAGACCAACCCUGAGCUGGCUGCUGCCGCCGACGCGCUCGUCGCAAACGGAAGCUCAGACGCUCCAGAUACGAAAAAUGAUGGAAAUCCAGAUGUUGCCGGUGAUGCGGGAGUAGCUGGAGACGCAGUUGCGGCAGAAGCAUCACCAGCCGAUGCUGCUGCAGGCGGAGAGGAUGGUGUAAGUGGUGGCGACGGAGCGAAGAAGGACGGAGAGGAGAGCAAGGACGGGCAGGCGGGAGAGGAGGGCAAGGACGAGAAGGCGAGCGAGGUGGCGGCGAAUCUGGAGAAGAAGAAGGCGCGUGCGGAGCGGUUCGGGACGGAGCUGACCAUCAGCGAGGCGGAGAAGCGCCGCCUUCGAGCCGAACGGUUCGGCUCUUCGGACCCCGCGCCUGCGCCGGCGGCGGAGGACGCCAAGAAGGCGGCGCGAGCCGCCAAGUUCGGAAUCAAAGCGGAUACGGACGCCGGGAAUGGCGCGAGCGGCGCGAGUGGGGGUGGGAACACCAGUCAGGCGGACAAGGCUGCGGAGGAGGCGAGGAAGAAGGCCCGCGCUGAACGGUUCGGCGCGACUCAGCCCUCCACGCUGAGUGCGGAGGAGGCAGCCAAGCGCGAGGCUCGAGCCAAGAAGUUUGGCACGGCGGGAGAUGGCGCUGCAGCAGCAGCAGCGUCUGGAGGGGAUAAGAAGAGAGACACGCCUGCCAACCCUGCAGACAGCGAGCUCGAGGCGAAGAAGAAGGCUCGAGCAGAGAGGUUCGCCACACCCGCGCCUGCCGCGGCUGCUGCGGGGGCUACCGCGGAUGAGGGCGGCGCUGUUGCGGACAGCAGCAGCUAA